GAAUCAGCGCCGUUCGAACCUUUUAUAGCUCGUUUUGUUUGUAUAAUUAGGGUUAGGGUUUUUACAGACCUCUCUUCACUCCAACAAUGGUGAAAGCCAAGAAAAUCGCCAAAUUGGACGAAGAAGAAGAGUUGAAUCCCCCAAUUAAGCUCAGUAGCGACGACGAUGAGGAGGCUAACGAGGAUCUGACGUUGAAAAUCGUGCGGAAAGCUAUGUUACGAGCUUGUGGGCAGAAAUUAGAGAGUGAAGAGCCUGAGGAGGUUACUGAGGUGAAGAAGAAGAAGGUGAAGAAAGUGAGGAGGAAGAGUAAACGGAUUAAAACUCAAAGCGACAGCGUGACUGAGGGGGUGGAAGCAUUGGUUACAGAGAAAGAAACAAUGGUUGUGGAGAAAGAACCAAUGAUUGCAGAGAAAGAAGCAAUAGAAGCAGAGAAAGAAGCAUUGGUUGUGGAGAAGGAAACAGAUAAGGCGGAAGAAUGCAAGUCUGUGGAGACUGAUAAUUUGGUAGAACCAGAAAAUAAAAAAGAUGAUAAUGCUGUCCUUCGAAAGCUUCUUAGAGGGCCUAGGUACUUUGAUCCCCCAGAUAGUAGUUGGGGAACAUGCUAUAACUGUGGUGAGGGAGGACACACAGCUGUGAAAUGUAAAGCAGCUAAGCGUACAAAACCUUGCUUUGUUUGUGGGAGCUUGGAGCAUAAUGUAAAGCAGUGCACCAAGGGAAAAGAUUGUUAUAUCUGCAAAAAGGGAGGUCACCGUGCUAAAGAUUGCCGAGAAAAGAAAGUAGCUGGGGGUCCUCAGAGCUCUAACUUAUGUUUGAAAUGUGGUGAAUUUGGACAUGAAAUGUUUACAUGUAGGAAUGAUUAUCUAUCUGAGGAUCUCAAGGAAAUACGAUGUUACGUCUGCAAGAGUUUUGGCCACCUUUGUUGUGUUAAUUAUGGUGAUUCCACAGCUGGACAAGUCUCUUGUUACAGAUGUGGUAAAGCAGGCCAUACUGGUUUGGCAUGCACAAGGCUGCGUAGUGAGUCGAAUGGGACAAACACACCUAGUUCAUGCUACAGAUGUGGUGAGGGUGGACAUUUUGCUCGUGAAUGCACCAGUACACAGUCGAGCACAAGGUCACGUAGCGAGUCGUAUGGUACAGGGACACCUAGUUCAUGCUACAAGUGUGGUGAAACCGGACAUUUUGUUCGUGAAUGUACGAGUUCAGCUAAGAAUUCAAAGAGAAACCCUGGAUUCUCAAGCUCGAAAGUAAAAAGCUGGGGACAAGAUGACGAAUGGUUUAAAAACAAGUCUCUUUCUUUUGAUCCUGAUAUGGCCCCAGUUAAUGGAGGUUUCAGUGGAUCAUCCAAGGGUAAGCGCAAGAAUGAUUGGAUCAGUGAAAAUUCUGGAGAUUAUACCCAUAUAAAGGAAAAGCACUACAAAAACUCUCCUUUGAGACCAGCUAACAAGAUCAAGAAGUUUUCAAAUUCAAGCGCUGACAAUGGCUACGCUUCAACUCCGGACUCUCUUGGUAGUGCUCGACACCAUCGGUUUAAUUACUCACCUCCAGAUACAGCUGGGGGUGGUUAUUCUUCAACUCCCCAAGCUUAUGGUAGUGCUCGACACCAUCGGUUUGAUUAUCAGCACUUCCAUCCCGUAUCUGAAUAUUCAGUUUCACGUGAUGCAAGAUUUUACGAGCAGGCAAGCCCAGCAUCAAAACGUGGAAAUUCUACCACUGGUAAGAUGAGAAAUUAUUACAAUUAGUCAGCCCUUCCCCACCCAGUAUUUCUCCAUGAAGUGAUUAUAGAUGGCAUAUAAGAUUGUUGUUUGUGCCAUUUGUUCUUUCUUAUACUAUUCUUUGCCCCCUCUCCCCUCCCCCUCUUUUUUGAUGUAGAGUGAGCUGCAGAUGCUGUACUGUAUGUGGUUAUAAUCAUAGGUUUAUCUCCACAAUGAAUAUGUUGAGAUUUUCGGGCCCUUUUAUACAUAGCUCAUACAAGUGGAAAAGCUCCCGAUAAUGCUAGAACUCUGCACAAUUUGCAGAGGGACUGAUAUAAACUCACAUUGUCAAACUUCUCCCUCUGCAAAAGGGACGAGUAUAAGCUCAUUCACAAAUUUUGUGUUUUUAUAUUGAUUUUUUUUAAACUUAUUGAAAUGUUAGUGUUGUAAACUACAUGUUUAUUCAUUAAAACCUAAGCAGUCUAUUUAAAUUUAAAAAUUUAAAGGAUAUGACAUGAUUAAGCAUUGUUGACCUCA